UCUCUCAUACAUACACAUUCACUUAAGCAAACACACACACACAGUGACAAGUGCAGGUCUCCAGACACCAGGUCUUGCGUCACAGAGAGUGCUAGACGAGCCUCUUCUGUAUGCAGUUUAGCCAACUCAGCUGUACAACUGAUCACAAACGGAGGAGGAGAAGAGAGAGACGGGGGCUUCAAAAUCAUCAGGUGCAGCAGAGAGAGGUGUGUGUGUGUGCGCGGGGUGAAUGAUCGCCUGGAUAUUACACAGAAGAUAAGAGGGAUACAGAGCUGUUAGCCUUGGAUACUUGAAUGGAAAGUUAGCAGCAGUUAUCAAGAAAUCACUAACUCUCCAGCUUUCACCAUGCAUCUUUGAAAAUAUAGAAUUGUUUUCAAUUCAAAUGCAUCUUCCUUCUUCUGCCAGUCAAGCUGUUAUCUGGCUAUCUACAUGAAUUGGUUCCAACCAAGCAGCUAUGAUGGUUGGAAAGCCAGUGAGGCAGGGGCGGUCCAUCUGUAAGGGACUAAUCCUGGGCACACUCCUGACCACCUGUAUGAUUCUACUGUACUGCCUGUCUGCUCCAGAGGUCCAAUUCAGCCUACAAGAAAUCCCAGUGCCUUACUCAUGUGCACAUCGGCCUUCUACCGCCCAUGCCUCAACAAUCUCUAACAGGUCCAAUCAUGGUUCUGGGCAGAGAACCUGCACUCCAAAAGUGGACAUCAUGUUUAUGAAAACUCAUAAAACAGCUAGCAGCACUUUCCUCAAUAUACUCUUUCGCUUUGGCGAAAAGCACCAGCUCAAAUUCGCCUUCCCCAACAGCCGCAAUGACUUCUCCUACCCUUCCCCGUUCCAUCGCUCACAAGUGAAGGACUACAGGCCUGGAAUGUGUUUUAAUAUCAUCUGUAAUCAUAUGCGUUUCAAUGCUGUUGAGGUGGCCAAAGUGCUACCAGUCGACACAGCUUACCUCACAAUCCUUCGUAACCCGGCUGAUCUCGCCGAGUCUUCAUUCCACUACUUUGGACGUGUAGUGCCACUAACAUGGAAGCUUUCAAGGGGUGAUAAGCUUAGAGAUUUCUUGAUGGAUCCUAGGCUUUACUAUGACCCGGAGGGAUUCAAUUCAUUCUAUCUGAAGAACUUGCUCUUCUUUGACUUUGGGCAGGAUAAUAACUUAGAUCCUGAUGACCCAAAGGUGGACGCAGCCAUUCAUGCAGUCGCCAAGCGUUUCCAGUUGGUCAUGCUUGUGGAGUAUUUUGAAGAGUCUCUUAUAUUGCUCAAGGAUGCCCUCUGUUGGGAUAUGGAGGACUUGCUAUUUUUCAAACUCAAUGCUCGGAAAGGUUCAACCAUUUCUAAACUUACUCCAGAACUCAGAGCAAAGGCACUAGAGUGGAACGGCAUCGAUUGGAAACUUUACCAAUAUUUCAACGCCACUUUCUGGCAGAAAGUGUACGCAUAUGGCCAUGAGCGUAUGGUGAGGGAUGUCGCAGAGCUGCGGCACAGAAAUGCAAAAAUGGCUUCUAUUUGCAUUGAUGGAGGCCAUGCUGUUGAUGCAGGAAACAUCCUAGAGACUUCCAUGCAACCAUGGCAACCAAUCGGUGAGAAGUCAAUUAUGGGGUACAAUCUGAAAAAGAACAUUGACAAAGAAAAUCGGAAGCUGUGCAGGAAGAUGCUAACCCCAGAGCUGCAGUACCUUACCGAUAUGGGCGUCAACCUGUGGAUAACCAGACUGUGGGGUCAUAUAAGAGAGAUCCUUCACUGGUAGCCGAAUCGAGAUGUUUUGCAUUUGAUCUUUACCGUUAAAAAGGAUAGUUCCCCCCAAAAUGAAAAUCCAGUCAUCAUGCAUACAUUCUCAUGCUGUUCCAAGCACAUAUUUUUUGGAGAUGCUAUAUGUUAUGCAGAAUGACAGUCUCAGUCACCAUUUACUUUCAUUGUUUGUGAAGAAAAUGUCACUCUCCCUAAAAUCUCCUUUUGUGUUCCAAGGAAGAAAUAAUGUCUUAUGGGUUUGCAACAUUAUUAGAGUGAGUAAAUGAUGAAAGAAAUUUUAUUUUUGGGUGAACUAACCAUUUAAUGUCAAAGGACAGCACUGAUUUGCACGACAAACCUAAAACAUUUUUCUGUGUCAGAAAGAAAUUCAAAUAUUAAAAAACAUGACAGAACUUUUUCAUGGUUAAAUGAAUCUUACACAAACAAGUGGUGACAGUCACAUCUUUAACAUGUUAGCUGUGUGCAGGGGUGGUUCUAGGGUAAAUGGAUAUUCAUAUAAUAUAAUAUAAUAAUAAUAACUGAAAUGUUGUACACUAUAAAGAAAGAAAUCUGUGGGGUGUUAUUUAAAAAGUAAGUCUUUAAAUAUUACUAAAACUAAAAGUUCCCAAUAGUUUUGUUUCAGUUUCAAAUAAGCUCAAAGAUCAGAAGUUGCAUGUUAUUAACACAAGCAUGUUUAAAACAUUUUUAUGUCUAUUAUUGAUUAUUCUGUGUUUCAAAGGUGCUGUAACCGAUUUUAGCCAUUAUGGAACGUCCACAUGAGUGAGCUGUUGAAUUAAACAUGCCCCCUCUUUCUAAAACCCACCCUCCAAAGAUAACGUUGUACCGCUGAGACUGCAGAAGAGCAGCGAUGCAUAUUCUCAGGUUACGUUUAAUAACAUUUGAAAAUGGUGUUUUCAUUUCAAAAUGCCCUCCGUCCACGUUAGCGUUUUCAAGCAAGUUCCAAAAGUUGCAUUUUAUUAUUAUUUGGUACCAAGGGUGUAGCCAGGAAAUUACUUUUGGGUGGGCCUCAAUAAAAAUGGAUGAGAAACAGAGAAACAGUUCUUUUACACUUUCAGAAAUUAGAAUGUAUGCAUUUUUUAAACUGUUUUAAAAAUAUAUAUAUAUGUUUGUAUAAUAUAUAUAUAUAUAUAUAUAUAUAUUUGAAGUCAAAGAAUAAAUAAUAAUCUCUAAUAUUCUGGGUUGGCCUCGGCACACUCAGCUGUCAACACAGUUUCUAAUACAGUAGCUCACCAAGACAUUUAGGCAUUUAGGCUGCAAUCACAUGUGAGUGCUGGACAGCAUGUACCCUAGGUAUUGAAUUGGUCGGUAUUUGGUAUUAUUGAUACUGCACUGAAAAACUGGUAUCAUUAAAUUGUAAUUAAAUAUAACAAUUACAUUUAAUAUAUAUAUAUAUAUAUAUAAAUAAAUAUAUAUUUACAUUUAGUAUCAACAUGAUACUAAUUGACAUCACUAAAAAAUGGUAAAAACAUUAGGGGCUUAAGCCCCAGUAGACUACUCCUAGUGCCACCCAUGGCUGUGUGUUUAUUAAAUAAUGUACUGUAUGUCACCGCUAUGUAUUAUGUAUAUGCUUGAGUCAAUCAUAAAAAUGAAUCAACUACACUUUUUACAUGACCUCAUUCUUUGAAACUCUUAUUGUUGGUACCAAUGGCAAGCAAUAGCAAUAAUUGUCUUGUUUCUGAAACUGUGGAAUCAGUUGUUAUGGAGACAGCUUCAUCGUCACUUGAUGAAUAACCUCUGUCUUGAAUGUCGCGUUAAAAAGUGCUUUGAAGCUAAAGUGUGAUGACGUUUAGUGCUUCCUGUGACAGGAUACUGAGAAAUCCUGGAAUUCACAAAAUAUGACAAAAUAAAAACUU